CUUAUGUGACGAUUCCGAAGGUAUUGAUUGCUGCCGGAGUGAAGAAUGGCGAUUCUUUGAUUUCUUUGAGUUAUACAGAGCCAACUAGCAUACCCGUGUUAAAUUCGUUUGUCUGUGGACAAAACGUGACAAGUAUAACGGUUCAAAAGUUGAUACGCGGGGCUGGUGGACAGAAAAUUGACCGCGCCUUCGACUUACCUCAAACUUACGUGUUCAACGCGACUACCAACAACCUGACGACCGGUGACUGGACGGCCCAAACCGGAGAAUGGCCUUGCUUUAUUUUUCGUUCCAAUAAUGAUCUCAAAUUUCAAAAAGGUGUUCUCGAUCAAAUCAUUAUUCUUGUAUUUUUUCAAAAUAAUUAUAUAUCCAAAGCCGACAAUGGUUUGUUGUUCGGGUUAUUUGACCAAUCGAAAAAAAUUUCCGAGGUACAACCAUUUGUCGGCCCUUUACCAUCCAUAAAUACCUUUACGUUUACCAGAUCAGAAAAGAAUGAGAUCAAUGGAACCAUAUUACCUUCUUUCACGGUGAACAUGCAAAAUAUACAAGUUCAGAACGGUGGAUUCGGUAGUAAUAAUCUUGGGGCAAGAUUUUUGUAUUCUCCCGAUACUUACCAGGUUCUCGUCUAUGUUGAGAAGAGGCCUUAUAGCUAUUAUAGUUUGUUUGGUGCAGUUGGAGGACUACUUACUUAUUCAUUUGGAAUAUGGACUUUUCUAUAUGGACGCGGAAAAUACAAGCCUUGGGGAAUAAUGCAACAAUACAUCCUAAAGACUUCACCCAACUUUCAGAAGGAGUUUUACCUUCUUCCUUAUCACCAAGGUUCACCCCUUCUCAUCGAAACUUCUGAUCAUAUCUCUUCGGCACCCCCCUCCACAAGCGCGCCGCAAAACCAUUAUACGAAUUUAGAUGUCAUCUCACUUCCCGGAGACUCCUCAUUCUGUGCUGGAGAUUACGAGCUAAUGAAAAAAAUUGAUGCACGAGUCAAUGAAAAACUUUGUUUCAUGGAACAAAACCUUAUCCGUCACUAUUUAUCGGGAUUUCAGACAAGAGAUGACUGUGUGUCAAAUAUUCAAGCUGUCAAAAACAAAUUAUCAGAAGAUAAUAAGUAG